GGAUGGUGGCUAAAUAUGCCAAGGGCGAAACCUGUGGGAACAGAAUUUCGCAAUCGUAAUGCGCUUGCGCAUGUGCAAUUUGGGAAUUACCGUUGUACACAUCCGGCAUGUGAAUCGGUGGUUGCAGAACUGGCGAAAUUAUACGAUUACAGUCAAGAGCAACAAAGACACGAAUCGCAGAACACCGACAGCAACCCUCAGAGCAGUAUGGAGACGGUGCCGUGUGACCUCAUUGACGGAGAGUUCAGUGAGGAGGAGGAAGAGGCAGAGGAGACCCAGCCGUGGGCCCGACUCAUGCCGUUGGGGCCAGGAUUUGUCACUGUUGAUUUGAAGAAUGACGAAUACACAUUUGGCCGCGGUGAGAACUGUGACGUUUCAUUCAGCGUGCAAAUGGCAAAGAACAAGCAGUGUUUUCAAGCAUAUAGCAAAGUGCACUUCAAAUUGAUUAAGCAAACUACUAGUACUGGAGAAUUUGUGUUUUUAGAGGAUACAAGUAGCAAUGGAACUUUUGUUAAUGGUGAAAAAGUUGGGAAAGGGAACAAACAAGCCUUGAUGAACAAUGAUGAAAUUGCAUUGGCCUUAAAGAAAAACAAAGCCUAUAUGUACCUGGAUCUGAAGACAGAUGAAGACAAGACAUUACCAGCAGAGAUCCGGGAUAAAUACACCCUGGGAAGGACUAUCGGAAAGGGUGCAUGUGGAGAGGUGAAAGUAGCAUUUUCCAAAGGAACAUGUGAAAGAUUUGCUGUAAAAAUUAUAUCAAAGAAAAAAUUCACCAUAGGUGGAGUAAAUCAAGUUAAUCUAGGUCAACAAGUAAUGAAUGAAGUUAAAGUAUUAAAAGCAUUAAAACACCCCUGUAUAAUAAAGAUUGAGGAUGUGGUGGACUCCCCUGAUGUACUGUACAUAGUUCUAGAAUUGGUGGAUGGGGGUGAGCUGUUUGAUAAGGUGGUCAGUAUAGGGCAGUAUGAUGAACCGACCGCUAAACUCAUGUCCUACCAGAUGGUGUGUGCUGUCAAGUAUUUACAUGAUGAAGGAAUAACCCACAGAGACCUCAAGCCUGAAAAUAUUUUAUUGGCAACUGAAGAAAAUGAAACCCUGAUCAAGGUGACAGACUUUGGGUUGUCCAAGUUUGUGGAUGCUGGGACCAUGAUGAAGACGUUCUGUGGGACACCCUCCUACCUGGCCCCCGAGAUUCUGCUGACCGUGGGAAUGGGGGCAUACACCAAGGCCAUUGACUGCUGGAGUCUAGGCGUCAUCAUCUACAUCUGUUUGGUGGGUUACCCCCCUUUUUCGGAUGAGCGAGAAGACAUGGCUCUUAACAAACAAAUCAUUGGAGGACAUUACUCGUUCCCCAAGGAAUACUGGAAGGACAUCUCGGAGGAAGCCAUUGACCUUGUGAAGAAACUGCUGACUGUUGACCCCAAGAAGAGGGCGACCCUGGAGGAGGUUAUAGGUCAUCCCUGGUUCAAGGAUGAUGCUAUGAAGAAGAAAGCCAACAUGCUGAUGUAUCCAGAGUCUGGAGGAAUGGCCCCACCUCUCUCUAAGCCUAACAGGAAGCGAUCGUUGGAGAAUGCCAACGAAUGUUCGGCGGCCAAACGUCAGACGUCGACGGACACCAACUCCACUUCCUCUCCCCCCGGUACUCCAUAAUGGACGAUCACUUCCUCUCCCCCCAAUACUCUGUAACAGACGGACAUUCCUGUGGAGGGGAGAGAAGGAACUCGGUGUUAUUGUUUGUGUAGAAGUAACGUGUGCUCCCUCUCUAGUCGAGUAGUGCCGCCUUCACACUGUGAGGACCAGUCAACACAACCGUGGGCCAUCUUACAUUUUUACCGGUACUCGUGAUGUCAUGUGUUUGAUCAUAUGCAAAGUUGAGCGUGUUUAGUGAAUACAUGAAUUUGUUAUAGACUUUAUCUGAUGCUAACAUCAUUAGGGUUGUACAUUUACUUCUUUGUUAAUUAUUUUAACCACAAGUGUAAUAUUUGGUUUAUUACAUUUACAAGAUUUUGAAACUCUCUCAAUGCAAAUUUUAUAUAUCAAUCAUCAUCAACAGGUAUUUAUGUUGUGUAUAUCAUUUUCAGAACAUUUACCGAUUCAGUAUAGUAUACUGGUAUUUACAUCAUUAUUAUAUAAAAUACCAAUAUAUUAUUAAUAUUUUUCAAUCAUUUCCUGAGUUUUGGGCAUCUUUACAUUACAUAAAACCAAGAUCUUAAAAUUAAUGCACGUACAUGUAUUUCUUUUCUUUUAAGGAGUGAUGUUUUUCUUUACAUUCAUGUUUGUACAAAACCUCGUAUUGUCAGUUUUCUUUGUUAUGUUUUAUUGACAAAUUUAUUGACCAUUAUUGAAAAUGCAUUUUGAAAUUAAAAUUAACAUGCUUUUAAAAGCUGAUUUUUCAUUGCAUGAUUUAAUGUUAAAGUAUUCAUUGUGAAUGAAUGUUCAAUAUGUACAUGAGAGAGUGUGUAAAGGUUUAAUACAGGUUCAUUUGAUACUUUAAUGUCAAGUCUACGAGUGCCAACCAUAUCACUGCCCAAGUAUAAUUUAAUCAAAAACACUUGCUGCUUGAAUACAAUAAAAGCCAUCAUUUUGUAUGUAUUUUGAAUUACUUUACUCCCUGUACACGUCUGUAGCAUUUUUUUUUUUUUUUUUUUUAGAUUUUUUUAUAUUAUAGAGGCAUUUGGUUGUAAAUUUGCACUGUUGAUCUGUAAAUACAUGUUCAAUCAAAUAAGAUUUAUGUUUUAA